ACUGACCUUUGUAGCAACUUGUGUUCAUCCCCGAGUAGCCAAACAAAUCGCUGGUGGCAGAUUUGAGCUCUUCUUUUUCAAUCGUCGUCUCCGGAGGAACUGGUACUACAGAAGAGAGAGAGAGAGAGAGAGAGAGAGAGAGAGAGAUGGGUGCAGCCCAGGCGAUGAAGAGGAUACCUCGCAUCAAGUUUCCUCAGAGACACCCCAAACCUUCUGGUACUGAGCCUCAGACUCAAGGUUUGGCUGGUGAUUCUUCUCACACUUUCUUCUCAGGUUCAAAGGCCUCAACCACCUUGGGAGGAAAAGCUUCUGAACAACCCGAACGAACACCAUUGUCCAAAGAGGAGAUUGAGGCCAUGAUGUUAGGUGGCAUCAUCUGAACUUUUGUGGAGCUUCAAGAACAUAGGACUAUGUGUUGGAUAUUAUUUUGACAAUUUUUAAGCACCUGGAAGUAUCCAGAGUUUGACGUCUUUACACUGACGGAAGGAAUCAAUUUCUGUGAUACUUUCUCUCCAGUCCCUUCAAAAGACUAUGAGAGUGAUCAUGGCUUUAACAACUUAUUUUGAUUUAGAAGUGCAUCAGAUGGAAGUCAAAACAGCUUUUCUCAACGGAGAAUUAGAGGAAGACAUUUGUAUGCGGCAACCAACUGGAUUUGUUGGAAGGGGGAAGGAUAACAUGGUCUGCAAACUCAAUAAGUCCAUUUAUGGACUUAAACAAGCAAGUAGGCAAUGGUAUCUCAAGUUUGGCAAAGUGGUUACAACAAUGGCUUCAUAGAGAACAAGCUAGAUGACUGUACAUAUUACAAGUUCAAGGGUACCAAGUUUAUUUUCUUGGUUCUAUACAUGGAUGACAUAUUGAUAGCAAGCUCGAAUGUGCAAUUGUUGCAUGAAACCAAGACAAUGCUCAGUACCAAUUUUGAAAUGAAAGAUUUGGGGUAAGUUCACUAUGUACUUGGUAUAGAGAUAAUUAGAGACAGGAAAAAGAAUCCUAUUGGGGCUUUCACAAAAGGGGCACAUUGAGAGAAUCCUGGCUAGGUUUAACAUGGAACAUUGCAAUAGUGCUGAUGUCCUUGUGAAUAAGGGUGACAAAUUUUAUCAACAGCAAAGUCCAAAGAAUUUGUUAAAGAAAGAAAAGAUGAAAUUAAAGCCAUAUACCUCUCUAGUAGGCAAUUUAAUGUAUGCUAAUAUUUGCGUUUUUGAUAAAGCUGUUUUAAGAAUUAUACUUGGUUAUUCAUAUUGGUGAAUAGCUUUUUGCAUUGUAAUGGAUGAGUUAACAGGACAUAUUCAAGAUGAUAUUACUUGGUGUAUGCUUUUCACAGACAAUAAAGUGUUGAUAGAUGAAACUCA